AUGUCCAACAGAAUUAAAAAAUCAAAGAGUCCUCAAAUAAAUAAAUAAGGCAACAUUGACAAAGAUUUAAUGAAAUAUCACAUUUUAUAAAAGAUCAACAAACCCUAAGGUCCAGUGCAAUAAAUAAUUAAAACUUAACCAGAUGAAGAACAAGAACCUAUGGAUUUUAAACAGGAAAUUGAAUUUAAAUAUUAGAAUUGCUAAAUUAAUCAUGCAUUUUGCUUCCCUAAAGAAGAUUAUGAAUCCUCAUCUGAUAAUUCUCUUUAAUCUCUCAAAGAUACUACAAUUUAUAAUCUUAAUUGCAACAAUAUAGAGCGUUUGACUGAUGCCACCUCUCCCCAAUUUAUGAAGGCCUUGAAUGAAAAGCUAUCGAAAUUGACCGAAUCAAUAGAAAAUGACUCUUCCUAAAAUACCAUUCAAAAACUCAACACUUCCAUUCCAAAACAGCCAAAGUUCUUAUUCUCCUUUAUAAUUAGCUCCCAGAAGCCCCCUGGUCAAAAUCAAUCCAGCACUUCAAUUGGAAGAAUCAUCGAUCAUUAUAUUGUUAAUAUGAAUCCGGUUAGUUAGAAUAAUAAUCUAAAUCGAGAUAGUGUAACCAAUAAAGCUUAAAAAAAUCAAUAUUUCAGAGCUACUCCUACAAUUUCAUCUGAGAAGAAGAAAUAAUCUAAGUAGAUCCUUCAAAUCUUAAAAAUUGCUUAAUAACGUAAAAUUAAUAAUCAUAGUAAUAACACUACUUUUAAUAAAAGAACUACUCAAAUUAAUAGUUAUUCUUUUAAUAACACACAUAGUAAAUUUUUGAAUGGCCAAAGGAAUGGCGAAAACAUAAGAGUACAAACCGAAUCUGAUGAUUUUGAAGGAAGCCUAUAGAAGUUUCAAAUAAUUCCAAAAUCAAGAUCAAAAGUUAGAGAAAAUGUAGCAAAAUUCAAGAAGCUAGAAAGUUCGCAGGAAUGUAAGAUACUUAAUUAUACUAUGGAUAAUCUUUCAAUAGGUCCUGGAAGGAAUGCAAAGAGUUAAAAUAGAAGUUAUAAAGUUUGA